GUUUUGCUUUAAUUUUUUCGGUGUGACACUUACAAUCUCAGUCGAACAUUCGAGGCCACACCGCCGGUAUAAAUAAUAAAGAUAUUGUAUUCACUGUGCAUAUUUUGCUAAUAUAAGCGAGUCAUUUUUACGCAAAUAAUCGCAGUCGUUUUGCAUCACAAAUAUUCGUACGAAAAUGGCGUGUCCGAUUAAUGAAGAGGAACUGAAAAAAUUGAAAGUUUUCGUCGAUGUGUGUUCUGCAAAUCCAGUGCUUCUAAAUCUGCCGCAAUUGAGUUUUUUCAAAGCAUUCAUUGAGAAGAUGGGUGGUAGAGUACCAAGUGACAGUUCAUUUAGUCCACCGCCGCCACAACCACAACCUCAACCCGCUGCAGCUGAGGCAGAUUCCGAGCCAGACUCAUUUUCCGAAUCUGAAGAAAAAAUUGAAAGUGAACCAGAGUCCGAUAUCGAUAUUGAUCGUGAGGGAUGUGUCGAACCAGACACCGUAAACGAUACACAAAAAAUGGGUGACGUAGCGAAAACGCCGACUGAAGAGGAACAGGAUCAGGCGAGCGACAUUCGGGCAAAGGCUAAUAGCGCCUAUUCCCAACAAAAUUUCGAUGAAGCCAUUUCAUUAUACACCGAUGCCAUACAACUGAAUCCAACGAACGCCUUGUUCUACGCAAAACGGGGUCAAGCAUUUCUAAAACUGAGCCGACCGAACGCUUGCAUCAAAGAUUGUAACCGAGCAUUGGAAUUGAAUUGUGACUCUGCAGCUGCCUACAAAUUCCGUGGACGUGCAAAUCGAUUGCUGGGCAAUUGGGAAGAUUCAGCUAAGGAUUUGCGGCAGGCGUGCAAAAUCGACUUUGAUGAAGAAGCCGACGAAUGGUUGCGCGAAGUAACGCCCAAUGCUAAGAAAAUUGAAGUCCAUCGCGUCAAACAGGAGCGUAGAAAGGCCGAAAAAGAACUGCGCGAACGACAAGAACGUGUGAAGAGAGCCCAGAAGGCCAACGAGAAAGCCAAAGCCAAAGCUAGCAAGCAAGCGAAGAAGGAACCAUCCGGAAUGGGUGGAAUGGGAGGAAUGCCAUUUUCGAAUCCGGAAAUAUUGGAAGCUUUCAAAGAUCCUGAAGUCUCUGCAGCCUUCCAAGACAUCAUGACCAAUCCCGGCAACAUAAUGAAAUACCAAAACAAUCCAAAAGUCAUGAAGUUGGUUACAUUGGUAGGACAAUCAAUGGGAGGAAUGGGCGGAAUGGGAGGUAUGGGUGGAAUGGGCGGAAUGGGUGGAAUGCCGAAUUUCGGUGGUGAUGCUACUGGUGGUCCUAAACGCUCAACAGAUUUUCAAGAUGACGGAUUGGAUUAAGUGACGUACUAACACAAUACUUUGCAGGCAUUUCUUCGCAAUUUGAAAAUAAUUUUAAUUUUUUUACAUUAGCAUUUUUCGGUUGAAAAACACACAUAAUACAAAUUGGAAUAUGAUAUAAAUGGAAAAUAUGAAAAUGAUAGUUUCUAACGCCCACA